CCCUGGCCCGACCGCACGUCUCCUAGGUGCCCGGGGCAGGAUGUACACGCUGCUGUCCGGCCUGUACAAGUACAUGUUCCAGAAGGACGAGUACUGCGUCCUGAUCCUGGGCCUGGACAAUGCGGGGAAGACGACCUUCCUGGAGCAGUCGAAAACCCGCUUCAACAGGAACUACAAGGGGAUGAGCCUGUCCAAGAUCACCACCACAGUGGGCCUGAACAUCGGCACCGUGGACGUGGGGAAGGCUCGCCUCAUGUUCUGGGACCUGGGAGGGCAGGAGGAGCUGCAGUCCCUGUGGGACAAGUACUACGCGGAGUGCCAUGGUGUCAUCUAUGUCAUCGACUCCACCGAUGAGGAGCGGCUGGCAGAGUCCAAGCGUGCCUUCGAGAAGAUGGUCACAAGCGAGGCUCUGGACGGCGUCCCCAUCCUGGUGCUGGCCAACAAGCAGGACAUGGAGACGUGCCUCUCGAUCCCUGACAUCAAGACCGCCUUCAGCGACUGCACCUGCAAGAUUGGCCGGAGAGACUGCCUGACCCAGGCCUGCUCUGCCCUCACGGGCAAAGGGGUGCUCGAGGGCAUCGAGUGGAUGGUGAAGUGCGUGGUGAGGAACGUCCACCGGCCGCCGCGGCAGAGGGACAUCACGUAGGUGCAGCUGGCCCUGCCGUCUCCCACAGCUGGUCCCCAGUGCCCAAUGAGUGGCUCCCUGCUGGCCCCUGGCCCCCUGGUCUGGGAAGGGGGUUGCUUUGCCUUUGGGUUCCUGGUUUGCUUUGUGUGUUCUCCAAGACAAAAUUCCGCCUAUCUGGAAAAAUGUGGGCAUCAGAGCUUCUGUGGGGCCCCGCCCACCCAGCAGGGCCUCCCCAGCCCAGGCACGGAGACCGCAACCUGUCCCAGCGGCCUAGCCGCCUACCUGCUCCUUGGGGUGGGGUCUGAGGCACCUGGUGGGGAGUAGGGUUCCUUUGGAGCUCCUGGGGCGGCUCGGCCCAGGCUGGCCCUGUGAGUUUGGCCUGGCGCUGACCUGGCUCGCUGGGGAGACCCCACGUGGAACAUCGCCUCGUGUUACCCAGUAGGGAGGGUGGGGAGAGGGGCAGUUUGUGAAGCAGAGCCCACCGCAGCCAGGCUGGGCUGCAGCCAGUCAGUGGGGUGUGGGAAGGGUGGGCUGGGUACCCGGGACAUGGGUCUGAGGAAGUGCUCAAGCAUCUCGAAUCUCCUGGGAGCAGAGGGUGCCUGGGUGAUGCCAGGCCUCAGGACGCUGCCCACCCCCCCAUCUCUGCAGCAGGCUGCUCCCAGUGGGCCUGCUCUGCCCAGUGGUGGCCAGGACGUGCACAAAUAAAAACCAUCUGAUUGGC